AUGGAUUUCAUGGUAAUCGCCGCUCCCGCUAUUGCGGCCAUGCAGGAGCGUUCUGACAUCCUCGGCGGGAGACCAGAGGAUCGUAAAGCACGCGUACAUUCAUUACACCCAUUGCAAGAGAAGCUUAUGCAAAACUUGUUCUCGGUCGAUUGCAAGCUUGGCAUCGAAACAAAACAAGAAAUUCCCCAUCCUUAUCCACUCCAACAGAAGCUGAUGCGAAAAAUCUUUUCAGCUACAGCGACAGAAACGGGUUCGGAAAUCCCACAAGUGGUUAUCACCGAUCCAAGACCAUUGCGACAACAACCAGAGCCGAGGGUUAAAAUCUCGCUACGCAGAAGAAUUACGGAAUCUGCAACCUAUACCUGGCAGCUAGAAAUGACAGAGGAAAGUCCUUUUGUUUUUGAAGAAGUGCUGUAA